UGCAGCAGCGUCAGCAGCAGCAGGAGCAACAACAGCAACAGCAACAGAUGCAGCCUCAGCAACCACAGUCGCAGCAGCAACAGCAGCAGCAGCAACAGUAUUACAAGGCUCAAGCCUCGGUGCCAUUGCCAUUGGCUUUGUCUCAACCGGGUCUCCAUCCGUCGGGCCGGCCCAAGAGACCGCCGAAUGCCUUUUUGGUGUUCUCUAGUGUUCGACGACCGGAGCUGCAGAAGCUGUAUCCUUCGUACAAGACCGCUGCCCUCAGCAAGUGCCUUGGUGAAGAAUGGCGUGACAUGAGUCCUGAUCGGAAACGACUUUAUACCUCGCGCGCAAGGGAUAUCAAGGAUACCUUCCAGGCUAACCAUCCCGAAUACGUGUAUACACGGCGGUCCUCGAAAAAGCGUGCGCUUGCAGAUGCGGACUCUGGCUCCUCCAAGAAGUUCAAGGGAUCGGAUAACUAUGGUGAUGGCAACAAUUACGCGACCAGCACUGGCUUGGAUCCCAACCGACCAAGACGUCCCAUGAACUCGUACCUAAUUUUCAACCAAGAGAUGCGCCACAAGCUGUUGCUUGAGAACGCCAACCUGACUGUGAGCGAGAUUUCACGUGCAAUCGGCCAAAAAUGGGCCAACAUGACCCCAGACAUGAAGCGCGAGUAUACGGAGAAGGCAGCGACGAUCAAGGCCGAUUUCCUAAAGAAGAAUCCAGACUAUGUGUACUCGCGCCGUAGCAAGGCCGAGAUUGCUGCGUCAGGAGCGGCUCGUCGACGUGGUGGAGUAGCGCCGCCACCUCCGAGCGUACCGGUGUCUGGUAAAGCAGGGAACAGUAGGAACGGGUCUGGGCCAGGCCAUGCAGCGGCCCAGGCGUCGACGGCGAACAGCAAUCGCGGGAACGCAUCCGGCGCGGGGUCAGCGAAUAAUGAUGUGACGAUCAAUGGCAAGGAUAUCAAGUUGCGUGGCAAGAAGCGAACCAAGGAUCCGGACGCACCCAAGCAUCCUAUUCCUGGGUUUUUGUUCUUUAGAUCAGGCGAGAGGGCCAGGAUCCGUCAGAUGAAUCCCAACCAGCCGAUCCCUUCGGUGGCGGCGAAGAUGUGGAACGAGAUGACACCGGAACAACGCGAGCCAUGGUUGCAGAUGGCUGCUCAGGACAAAUUGCGCUACGCAGAAGAGAUGCAAGCAUACUCGGCGAGGAAGGGAAGGAUGGGCAAGGGCCGGUCAUGAGGAGUCGAUGCUGUGUUUAAAGAAGGAUACAAAGGGCUAUUGGUAAUAAACUCAGUGCAAUGGAUGUAAUUGUACCUUUUUUUUCGA